AUUAACUAGCUGAGAAAUUUGCUGUUUGCUCAGUUGCCGUGCAGCCAAUUGGUUUAUGCUGCAAGCUGGAGAGAAGCGUCUGUCGUGCUGCGGAUUCUCAUGUGUGAUCGAAUCGGCAACUAAUAAAGCUGCUUUAGGCUGCAUGGGGGGCACGUUUUCCUUAUAUGGAACCAUCACGAAUAACAUUGUGAUGUUUUAAGAUUGAAAUGCGUUUUAUUGAAUAAAUUCCGAACCGCUAGAUCGCCUUCUUUGAUUAAAUCGAGAUGUUAAACAGUUUCUUUUUGCUUACGUUAGUUCACAUUAUUUUUCUAAGUGAGAAAAGCCUGCUUGUCUUCUGAGAUGGCAGCUCGUUUAUCAGAAGAAAUUAAAUUAACCAAGAAACAUGAAGAAAUUUUGGCGAAGCGCACUGAUUUACUGGGGCAGAUGGAAAGCGGCUGCAAGCAGCACAGAGAAAAGAGAGAGCAGCAUGCGAUUUUGUGGCAAAGCGCUCGGGAAAGAAACACCAGACUCCUGCAGGAUUUGCAAAAAAUGGAGGAGCGUCUGAGUGCCAGACCACGUCUUCAGCCAGAGAUCAUUAACCUGCAGACAUGUUAUUGGGAAUCCAUAGAGGAGAAGAUCCCGGAAUGGGAGGACUUUCUGUUGGGGAGGGGGCCGCCCCCCUCUGCUCACAGGGGGUGGUCCUCCAGGAGUCUGAAGCGGAAAGGCGCACCGCAGGAUCGCUCCAAAGUAAAAGUCACGGGUCUGCCACCUCGUGCAAGCACGAAAUGCGCUUCCUGACCAGAGGCACUUAACACCCAGCUUCUGCAGGUAGCGUGCGCUGAGUGGGUGUCAGCGUUGGCAGGCUCCGUAUGUGUAUCUGUUUGUGUCGUUACCUUGCUCUCAAGUCUCACACAGGUAACACAAGCCUUUGACAACACACAGCGCUCAGGAUUACAGGAUAAAUGUGUUUUAUUGCCCUCCUGUAUAUAAAUGUAAAUUUGUUAGGGAUUUUAAGAGAUUAAUAAGUGAAUAUAGAAAAAUGUAUGUUCCAUAUUUUCAUCAAAAUUUCUUUCAUCCAAAUCAAUUCCCUGGUUAAUUUUGAAGGUAGGCCUGUUUUAAUAGAAAGGAUACCUGAAAUAACAUAUCGGUACAUUUAAUUUCACGUGCCUGUUUUACUGCUUGUGUAAAUGGGGCGGGAAAGCGCUAAACGGUAUUUAAUAUUUUGGGGGUUGAAAGUUCUUAAAUACUAAUUGUGUGUCGUGUGUUUGCCACAAGAGGGAGACAAUCGCUCAGCUUUAAGUCUAUAGACAUUCUAUGCGUUCGAGAUAUUUCGUAGUAGUUACAAGAUGAUUGUGAAAAAUACAGUGCGCUACUAAAUAUG